AUCAACGCACUCACUUACAAGCUUGCUUUAUCUUCCUCUUUUUCCCUUCCUUAAAAAACCAACUUCUCACCUUCACACUCACCACAUCGAGUUUUCAACAAAAACCAUGUCAGGCCUCGUCCCAACCUUUCCAUCUUCCUAUGUAAAAAUGACUCCUCACUCUUCCUUCCUUGCAUCCCUACUCAUACUUGCUUUCUUCUUACCAACUUUGCCACAAUGCUACUCUCAGGAAAACGACACCUACUCUAUUUGCCGCCAAUCAUUAUUCAGUUGUGGAACUCUCACCAACAUAUCCUAUCCUUUCUGGGGAGGGAAUCGACCUCACUUUUGUGGCCGCAAUGGCUUCAACCUCACCUGCAUGCAUAAUCAAAGCACUUCGCUUCAACUUGGUUCCCAAAAGUUCAAUGUGCUAAACAUUAACCAAACCGCUUCCACCUUGAGACUGGUGCGAACAGACCUUGUCUAUGAUCGCUGUUCUUCCAAUUUCACCAACACUUCUCUGAGUGCCACUCCCUUUAGUUUUCUUCCCGCUGUUCAGAAUGUGACUGUAUUCUACGAAUGUCCCUCGGGGAAUUCAGUUGUGGGAAACAGUUUUACGUGCCGGAAUGAUAGUAAUAAACAUGCUUUCUAUGUGGUCAAUGGAACUCAGCUGAAGCAGUUCCUGGAUCUUCAGAAGUGUGGGGUUAGUGUUCAGGUGCAGGUUUCACAGGGUGUUGUUUGGGACUCUAAAAGUGGAGUUGGGACGCUGGAGAAAGCGCUGGAUCAAGGGUUUGAGGUAGAGUAUGAUGCAGAGUGGAGUUCUCAGUGCACAGCAUGCAAGGAAUCUGGAGGAGCAUGUGGGGCGAUUGAGAAUGAUUUGGCUCAGUUUUCUUGUUAUUGCUCCGGUGGAACUCAUGGUUCAGUGUGCUCAACACAUAAGAGUGGAAGGAAGCACAGAGUGUUGAAGCUGGUUUUAGGUUUCAUUGGAACUGGAUUUGCAUUACCUCUAAUAGCUGUCAUCAUAUGCCGUAACAAAGCUAUGAUAUGGAAGUUUAUAUUAACACAAUGUGGCAAGAUAAAAAGGGAUGAUCGAGCUAUAGAAGCCUUCCUUGAAAGCCAAGGUUCCAUGGGUCUAAAAAGAUACAGUUACACUGAUGUCAAGAAAAUGACGGACUCCUUCAAAAUCAAACUGGGAGAAGGUGGUUACGGUUCAGUAUACAAAGGAAAAUUACUCAACGGUUGCUCAGCGGCAGUGAAGAUUCUAAACGAGUCAAAAGGAAACGGCGAGGAAUUUAUCAACGAGGUUGCUAGCAUAAGCAAAACAUCCCAUGUUAACAUUGUGUCUCUCCUUGGAUUUUGUCUAGAAGGAAGCAGAAAAGCUCUCAUCUACGAAUUCAUGCCGAAUGGUUCACUUGAAAAGUACCUUCACAAUAAGAAGGCAGAUAAAAGUGAAACUACAACUCCAUGGUUGAGUUGGGAGAGAUUGCACGAGAUUGCAAUAGGCAUAGCACGAGGACUCGAGUACUUGCACAAAGGAUGCAACACUCGAAUUCUUCAUUUCGACAUUAAGCCACAUAACAUUCUUUUGGAUGGAAGUUACCGACCCAAGAUAUCAGAUUUUGGGCUUGCCAAGCUGAGCACAAGAGAUGAAAGCAUCAUUUCAAUGUCAAAUGCUAGAGGGACAAUAGGGUACGUGGCUCCGGAACUAUUUAACAAAAGUUUUGGAGGUGUUUCACACAAGAGUGAUGUUUACAGCUACGGAAUGAUGCUGCUAGAAAUGGUUGGAGGGCAUAAGAACGUGGACGUUGAUGAAGCUAGUCGCUCAAGCGAGAAAUAUUUCCCGCAAUUGGUUAUUUAUAAGAAGCUUGAGCAGGGUAGUGAUUUUGGAGUUGAUGGGGAAAAUGAGAUAGCCAAGAGAAUGACUAUGGUGGGUUUGUGGUGCAUUCAGACAAUUCCUUCUCAUAGACCUACCAUAAGUAGAGUGAUUGACAUGUUGGAAGGUACCACGGAUUCAUUGGAAAUGCCACCCAAACCUUUCCUCUCUUCUCCUCCAAGAUCAACAACAACGGAUUUUUCCACUGCGGUAUCCAAAUCACUACAAAGUGUCUAAUGUCUUCUAUCAACAAUUACGUGCAAAUUACGGUAUUGAUGAUCAAAGUUAGUGCUUUGGUCGCUGUGUCUUUCGUUAUUCUAUAUAUUAUGCAACUUUUUUAUUUGUUUAAUAUUUUCCUUGCAAGAUAUAUAUUAACUUAAUAUAAACAUGUAACAUCUUUUACAACAUUUCAUGUUUAGCGUUCAGUAUUUUAGUUAUUUUGUACUUCAUAAUCAUAUAUCGCUACCAACGAAUUUAUCCC